AUGGAUGACAGCAGAAAUAUUUACAUCGUAUUUGAAAGACUGGGACAAAGAGCUCGGAAAACAAUCAAGAAAAUUUUAUUAAUCGUUGAUAAUGCUGGACCACAUCCAAACUUGAUAGAUUUAAAAAAUAUCACACUUGAGUUUCUGCCUCCAAAUACUACUUCACUCAUUCAACCACUCGAUAUGGGGAUCAUUAAGAAUUUAAAAACUCAUUACCGUGGACUAUUGGUAACAUACAUUUUAAAGGCUAUUGAAGAUAAUUUAGUAACUCCUACUACGUGUGCUAUAGAUAUCAGUUCUAAAAUAAACAUUCUACAAGCAAUACAAUUUGUCGCUGAUAGCUGGAGAAAAGUGUCGUCGGUUACGAUUCAGAAUUGUUUUGCACAUUGCGGUUUCAGACCACUGAUUGAUCUACCUAUUCCUCCUAUUGUUUCUAUUGAAAAUGACGUAGCGCAAUGCGUAGAAAAUGGGGAGUUAUUUAUAAAAAUUGAUGAUGAUGUGCAGUGCUUCAAUGAAAAUGAAAAUUACGAUAAUAUUCUCGAUGAAAUUGCUGAAAGAAGUCUGCAAAAUGAAGAAAGCGAUGAUGAUGACGAUGACGUUCAGCCCGUAAAAAUUACAACAAGAGAAGCAGAAAAGUGCAUUGAUCAGCUAAGACUACAUUUUAUGCAAAAUGAAAACGGAAAUGCACUAACAACUUCGCUAGACGUUUGUGCAGAUUUUAUCAACAAACAAAGAUUUAAUAAAUUAAAUCAAAGAAAAAUGGACGAUUUUCUGCAGCCUAACAAAAUAUAA